AUGUUGAUUAAGGGAGGAGCUUCACUCAACUGUUUUGUUCCAGAGAAGUUUGGGACACCUCUGUAUGCCGCCUCGAAGUUUGGUCAUCUUGCAGUUGUCGAGUAUCUUAUCGAGCAGGACGCCGAUCCCAACAUCAUUUGUGGAACAAGCGGAAGCGCUUUGUUGGCUUCCGUACAAGGCGAUCAUGCGGAGGUUGUCAAUGCACUCAUUGCUUGUGGCGCCGACGUCAAU